GAGCCGGGGGCGCGCGGAGGCCGGGCUAGAUCGCGGGCGGCCGCUGCGCUCUGUAGGUGACCUGGCAGAGACUGACCCUGGCGGGCCCUUCUUGGCCUGAAGUCGGCUCUGGGUUUGAUACUGGCUUCCCUUUUCAUCGAAGAGACUUUUGCCGUUGUGAAACCUGCUGCUGACUGUGCCUUUGUUUCAGCCGGUGGUGCUGGUCUGACACCGCUCUGCUGGCAGGUUGUUUUGUUGAAGUCAAGGACUUAAUUCAGGAUGUGUGCUUUUAUCAGUUAUGAUAAAUAUGAAAUGUGUGAUGGGUUUCAAGCAUUUUAAUAAACAUUAAAAAGAGCGUUAUUCCUGAUACAUGACCGAAGGUAGUCGCCUUGAUGCCUUUAUAGUCAGCAAACGUAGGUACGCUUUUUAAUGCGUCUUACUUUUUUAUAUUUACUUAAAAAAAAAAAAACAAGAUUGAGAACAUGCUGCUUUAAGUCAUAACGGCAUAUCAUUGCUAUCUUUCCUUAAAAUGUUUUGUUCAAAGUGGGGAAUUUAAACUUACUCCGGGAGUUCUCAUCAGGCUCCUGAUGACUUGUCUGUUUCUCUUGCUUUUGUUCCUAGUCUGUAGCGGAGAUACCAGUUCUGCAUAUGGGACUGUGUUGCACCUGUGCCCUGAGUGUAGACAGAGCAGAGAAGGCCUUUGCCUACUCCACCCCUCUGUCUUGCGGUGGGUGAUCACAGGCUCUGAACAGAACUGCAUAGGUCCAGGGCCCAGGUGUGUAUCCUGGCAUCGUGGUACAUGUUGGGAAAGAGGUGAACCUCUUUGUUACACACACACACACACACACAUACACACACACACACACUCACUCUCUCUCUCUCUCACCAGAGAUUGAACCUAGGCGUCCUCUACCACUGAGCUACAUCCCGGUAUCCAGGUCCUUUUUUGCUUUGAAAUAGGGUUUCCCAAGUCGAUGAGGCUGGUGUCAAACUUGCAAUGGAUCCUCCUGCCUCAGUCUGCUGACUCCCAAAUCUCUGGGAUUCAAAGUACCUGUCUCCUUGCUGUUCUCUGUACUGGGUUUUCUACAUUGGGUUUUGUGGGGAAAAAUCAUCUGGUGCAUGGCAAGUAAGUUACUUUUUCUUCUCUGCCUUUCUUGGAUAUUCUCUUAGAAUUCGAAGAAGCCUGGAACUGUAGGAUGAAAAUGCAAGUUGCCCCUCCCUUUCAAAGAUGCACGUGAGAGCUGCUAUCACAGGGAGCAAUGUAUUGUUCGCAGGAAACUGCCACAGUGAAAAAAUGAAGCCAAUGAAAUUAAAAUGAGCCACAUUCUGCAGUGAGGGGCUUAGACUUCUUUUGCUGAGGGGAUCCUGGAUCCCCGCCAUUAAGCCUGCUCAUGUGAACUAAGGGAGGAGUUCCUGCAGCUAGAGAUCACUCACAGUGUAGAAGAUCUUGCCAAGACCUUACCCCAGAUUUUGGGGCAGAGGCAGAAGAGACAAGAGCAGAACAGAUCUCACGCUUGUGAAUCCUCUUGCACAGGCAACAGAAAAUGACCACACUACAGGAAUCAUUCUCCUUUGAAGAUCUAUGUGUGGCCUUUAGCCAAAAGGAAUGGCUGUUACUGGGUCCCCAUCAGAAGGCCUUGUACAAGGAUGUCAUGCUGGAGAACUACCACGUCCUAGUGUCACUGGGCUAUGAAGUUAUGAAGCCAGAUGUCAUCUUCAAGUUGGAGCAAGGCGAAGAGCCAUGGGUGGGAGAUGGAGAGACUCCACGUUCAGACUCUGCAGAAGUCUGGCAAGUAGAUGCUCAAAUGAAGUGGCACCAGGAUAACCAAGACAAGCUUAAAAAUGUGAAAAGAGGUCAUGAAUGGGAUGCAUUUGGAAAAAAAUUCAAUCCAAGUAUGAACGUUGUUCCUUUAAGUAAAUCAAAUAAUGAAGGUGACUUAGGUGGAUUGAUUUUAAGACAUCAUUUAGAUUUGCUUAUUCCAAGAGCAGAUUAUGGAAGAAUGGAAUCAGAUGACUUGAAUGUAUUUAAUAAAUUGUUUCUCAAUACUGAACCUGAGGAAACUGAUUCUUGGUUGAAAUACUAUGAAUGUGAUAAAUGUGGUAACAAUAGCUAUAAAAAGUCACAGAUUGUCAUUUUCCACAGAACUCGGUUAGGAGAGAAGCUCUAUGAAUGCAGUGAAUGUAGGAGACGCUUCAGUAAAAAAUCCAGUCUCAUUAAACAUCAGAGCAGACACAUAAGGGAGAUAGCCUAUGGCUGUGGUAAAUGUGGCAAAACCUUUCCCCAGAAGGCACAGUUUGUUACACAUCACAGAACUCAUACCGGAGAAAAACCCUAUGAUUGUAGCCAGUGUGGGAAAGCUUUCUCCCAAAAGUCACAGCUUACGUCCCAUCAGAGGACACAUACAGGAGAGAAGCCAUAUGAGUGUGGCAAAUGCGGGAAAGCUUUCUCCCGGAAGUCACAUCUCAUAUCUCACUGGAGGACACACACAGGAGAGAAGCCCUAUGGAUGCAGCGAAUGUGGGAGGGCUUUCAGUGAGAAGUCAAAUCUUAUCAAUCACCAGAGGAUUCAUACAGGAGAGAAGCCCUUUGGAUGCCUGGAGUGUGGGAGAGCCUUCAGCAGGAAGUCGCAGCUGGUCACCCAUCACAGGACGCACACAGGAACAAAACCCUAUGGGUGUGCUGAUUGUAGGAAAGCAUUCUUUGAGAAAUCAGAACUCAUCAGACAUCAGACUGUUCACACUGGAGAGAAACCCUAUGAGUGCAGUGAAUGUAGGAAAGCCUUUAGAGAGAGGUCAAGCCUCAUUAAUCAUCAGAGAACCCAUACAGGAGAGAAGCCGCAUGGAUGCAUUCAGUGUGGGAAGGCCUUCUCCCAGAAGUCACACCUCAUAUCACACCAGAUGACACACACAGGAGAGAAACCUUUUGCCUGCAGUAAAUGUGGGAAAGCCUUCAGCAGGAAAUCCCAGCUUGUUAGACACCAGAGGACUCAUACUGGAGAAAAACCCUAUGAGUGCAGUGAAUGUGGAAAAGCCUUCAGUGAAAAGUUAAGCCUCACUAAUCAUCAGAGAAUUCAUACAGGAGAAAAGCCUUAUGUGUGCAGUGACUGUGGGAAAGCCUUCUGUCAGAAGUCCCAUCUCAUUUCACAUCAGAGGACACACACAGGAGAGAAACCCUAUGAGUGCACAGAAUGUGGCAAAGCCUUUGGUGAGAAGUCCAGUCUUGCAACUCAUCAGAGAACUCACACAGGAGAGAAGCCAUAUGAAUGUAGGGACUGUGAAAAGGCCUUCUCCCAGAAGUCACAGCUAAAUACUCAUCAGAGAAUCCACACAGGAGAGAAACCCUACAAGUGCAGUCUUUGUACAAGAGCAUUCUUUGAGAAGUCAGAAUUAAUUAGACAUCAGAGAACUCAUACAGGAGAAAAACCUUAUGAGUGCAGUGAAUGCAGAAAAGCCUUCAGGGAGAAGUCAAGUCUCAUUAAUCACCAGAGAAUCCAUACAGGAGAGAAACCCUUUGAAUGCAGGGAAUGUGGCAAAGCCUUCUCUCGGAAGUCACAUCUUAUCCCACAUCAGAGGACACACACAGGCGAGAAGCCCUAUGGAUGUGGUGAAUGUAGGAAAGCCUUCUCUCAGAAGUCACAGCUUGUUAAUCAUCAGCGAAUCCACACGGGAGAGAAGCCUUACCAAUGCAGUGAGUGUGGGAAAGCCUUCCCACAGAAGUCCCAGCUCAUUAAUCAUCAGAGAACUCACACAGUAAGGAUGGCCUAGGUGUGCCCUUGAUGGGACAUUUUGACAGAUCUCACUUUGUUCUACUUCAGAAAAUGCAGUUAUGGUAAUUUUUCAGGUAAUAUUUGCAUCACGUUUUGCAUCAGAGUAUUCCUUAGGAUCAGAACUCUAUAAAUGAAGCUUAUAGGUAGAGCACUCAGCAGGAAGCAUGCGAGAAUACUUGGACACCAGCCUUCAUGGAGCAGAAUGAUACUACGAACACAGUGAGUCCCAACUAUGGUCAAGUCUUGUGCAGUGGAAAGUUCCAGUACGGGAAAUCCCGUGAAUAUCAGAAAGCCUUCCAGAGGUCAAAUCUCAUCAGCUAUUAAUAUUCCCACAGGAGAUGAGGGAUAAUUCCCAGAAUGCAGCAAGUGAGGCAAUACUUUUUCAGGAAACAAGAGCUUGUUGUACAUAAGAAUAUGCCAUUAGGAAUGAAUUUCUAUGAAAUCACUAUCUCUGGGACAUGUACCCCCAGGAUGUUGUACUUUAGAGAGUUCAUGUUGUAGAUAAGCCUAAGAAUUACCUUGGAAAUGUGUGCCCCUUGAAGUAAUGCUGUCAUGGAAACCUCACAAUUAUAGAUGUGGGUACCAGCAGUCUAAAUGGCUGACAGAUGUUUCCUUCAAAGUAGGAAGUUUUAAAAAUAUGUGAAUAAAUGAAUCAUUGAAACAUUUGAAUAGGAGAUUUCUUGUAUUUAUGGCUUAUUGUCCUCUGUCACAUAAUGCUUUGUAUUUGGGCAUUGCAGGUAGCUGUUGCAGGAAGCGUGAAGCAUAUGUAGCUUAUGGUCCCUCUGAUGUGUCAAGACACUACAUGUCACUGGCUUUUCUGUCUUAAUGCUGUGAAAAGGGUAAUUGAUUUAACAUGGCUUUUUGCCAGUAUCAAUAGAUUAGGCAAUAAUAACACAUUUCUUUUUUCUUAUUGUUUGUUGACAUCUACAGAGAUUGGUUGUUAAUAUUGACCUUCUUCUUCAGUAAUGUUAACAUUUCCAGUGCCCUCAGAGUCUGAGGAACAUUUUAUAUAAAAUCUUGUAUAUGCAGAGGCAGGAACCAAGAGUAGCACAGUGAUACAAGAUACUGACUGAAGAAGGGUGGUGAGCUGCAGUCCUCCGCUGCAAACUCCUGAGGGACGAGAGUGGUGAGCUGCAGACUCCUGAGGGACACAAAGCCUCAGGCUGUUCCUCCUGCCUGUGUUCCCAGGCUGCGAGAUCCAGGCACAGCUUGCCUCCGAACUGCUGUGAUGAAAUACAGCUGCUCUGUGUUGCUGCUGUUCUGGGUGUUGUUAAAAAAAAUUAGUUGUGGAAACCAAUUAUUUAAGAGUGACAAUUCACUCUUAAGUAAAAUACAAUGAAUUUUGUGGUGAAAUACUCUGUGAACAUUCAGGGAAGCUGCUUUUGCCUUCCUGCACAUUUCUGUGACUACUGGACAAGUAUUAGGAAACAAGAUUUCUGUAAUUUCUUCAUUUGACAUAUUUGUGUUUCACCUUCUUUCAACAGCUCCAUGACUCCUGGGAGAAAUUACUAUUUUAAAUUUCAUUUCCUUUAAAAUGCAGGAAACAUCCCUUAGCUAAAUUAGAAUUUUAUAGUUCAUUCUCUCUGUAAUGUUCAGAGAUGUCUAAUAUCAAGCUUUUGAGCUUGAUUUCAAACUUCAGAAAAUUGAGAUUUUUCUUACACAGAAAUUGCUUUAAAAAUAUAUAUAUUUAUUUUGUUUAUUUUUAUGAGGUGCUGAGGCUCGAACCCAGUGCCUCACAUGUGUGAGGCAAGUGUUCUACCACUGAGCUACAACCCCAGCCCCCGCUUGUUUUUUUUAACUUUUUUUAAUUUUAGUCUUCAGUGGAUCUUUAUUUUAUUUGUGUAUAUGUGGUCUGAGAAUCAAACCCAGUUUCUCAUAAUGCUAGGCAAGCGAGCUACCACUAAACCACAGCUCCAGCACCCAAAACUGUCUUAUUAGUAUCGUUUAUGUAAUUUCUAUUGUAAUCAUAUUCUUUAAUUAAUUUUGCAACAUAGUUGGGAAGUUAAGACAUUAGAUAAAUGUGAUUAAAUUUCUAAACCAAUAUAACAGAAUUUCAAUGUCCAAAUUGUCCCCACUCUUUUUUCAUAGUAAUUUUUUUGUGGUGCUAGGGAUUGAACCUAGGGCCUUGGGCACACCAGGCAGGUGCUCUCCCAUUCAGCUAUACCCUCAGCCCCCUCCUAGUGAUUUUUUUUUUUUUGUGUGUGUGUGUGCCAGGGAUUGUAUCCAAAGGUGCUUUACCACUGAGCCACAUCCCUAGCCCUUUUUAUUUUUUAUUUAUAGACAGGGCCUCACUAAGUUGCUGAGACUGGCCUUGAACUUGCAAUCCUCUUGCCUCUGCCUCCUGAGCCACUAGGAUUACAGGCAUGUACCACUAUGCCUGGCUCAUAGUAAAUUUUUUUAAACAAUUUUUAUUUAACGUUUAAUUAAUUAAUUAAUUGUAUGUUGUGCUAAGGAUCGAACCCAGGGCCUUGUGAGUGCGAAUCGAGCGCUCUACUGCUGAACCACAACCAUAGCCCCUCAUUAUUCUUCCUACAGUUUAUGGUGUGCCUAUUUUCUCUAAUGCUUGAAAGUUAUUUUGCCUGGCAAAGGAAACAAACCUUUGUAAAUGAACAAACAAUAACAGAAUGAUGUUCGGCUUUGUGAUUUUUCCACUUUUCCCUUCCAUCCCUCAUGGUGUCUCUUUCCUAGUCAUACAAAUUGGUUCAUUAGGUCUAGUACUGAGUCAGCAAUCUUUUCCAAAUUUGCUUACUCCACUUUUAGGUUAUUCCACUAACUAUUAAGCAGUUAAACGUAAUACUGUCUUCAAUGGGUAGUGGAACUUCAGCACUAGCCUGCUGAUUGAUUGUCCAAGAAGAGAACAACCCUCAGCUUUUUGAGAGUCAGGCUGUAGUCACAGGGAGGUUCAGUGCUGACUCAGAGACCUAGUCCACAGAGGACCUGGUGUGCACCCAGUUGCUUUGUGAAGCCUCUUUGGAACUUUCUGAUUCUGCCACGUCCCUGGGGGGGGGGGGAGCUCUGAUUCUGGAAUUAGAUAUUUUUAGUGUAUGUUUUAAAUGCCUUAACUACAAAAAACAUCUUUCUACACUUCCCUCAUUGAUUUCCUAUUAUAAAUCCCACAUCACAAGGAAGUUUUGGGGUUGGGAUUGUGGCUCAGUGACAGAGUGCUUGUCUAGCACAUAUGAGACAUUGGGUUUUGAUCAUCAGCAACACAUAAAAAUAAAUACAACAAAGGUAUUUUUAAAAAGGAAAUUUUGCUGGGCAUGAUUGUACAUGCCUAUAAUUCAGCCACUUGGGAGGAUGCAGCAGGAAAAUUGAAAAUUUGAGGCCAGCCUCAGAAACUUUGCUAGACCCUGUCUCAGAAAGCUCUAGGGAUCUAGGGAUAUAGCUUAUUGAUAAAGUACUCCUGGGUUCUGUCCCUAGGAGAAAAUAAUAAUGAUGUUAAACUGAUUUUACUUGUGAUUUCAUGGAGCAUAUUAAGCAAUACUGAGGGAGAAUACUUAAUAUGGGAUAGCAUUCCUUGUUAUCCUAUUUGGCCACCAGUUUCUUCCACAGAUCUCGAAUUGUAUGCAGUUCUACAAAAGAUGAUUUAUACUGUACUCUUUUUGCUAAGGAAUGGGGCUCUUUGGAGAUCCAGUUUGUGUAUUUUGAAACCUAUCCUAGGUAUGCCCUCUGUUUGGCAUUUUUUUUUUUUUUUGGUGGACUCUGCCACAGUUAUCUGUGGAUCCCCCCAUAGGUUCCUGAUGUUGAUUUGAAGAAUGUUACCUGUAGAAACCUGAGAUGAAUACCAUGUAUAAUUUAUCUAGCAAAGCCUUUAUUAUAAACAACAGAGUAUAGACCUCUAGGCCUUUGGGAUCUACCCUUGAGACUUCCUCAGUCAUUUGGUUGGUUGUCUGGAGGUACGCAUCCAGGUUGUCAAUCUCAGUGGGCCUGUCUACUUAUUUGCUUAGGGUACCAGCGAGCUUUCAGAUGCUUAGCACCUGAGAAUACUGUUCUGAGUGCUCAUUAAUUAUCCAGGGCCCUUGCAGCUUCAGGCACACUCUCUGCACCUUGCUCCCAUUCUUUUUAGUUCAUUUUCUUCACUUCUUACAUGUAGUGGUCAUUUUAAUGCAAAUUUGGUAACACAUUUCCAUGUUGAAAUAUUGUGACCCACGGUGGACUCUUCAUUGAAAUAUACCAGGACUUUUAUACAAACCCAUGCCAGUAUUAUUUUAAAUUAUUUUUGAACAUAAUUUUUUUCUCCUAUGCAAUAUUUUCUGGUUUCCUUGAACUACUGGCAGUUCCUAGAGGUUUCUGUACUCUCUGAUCUUUGUUUUUUUGGGGGUGGAUUUUUUUUUUUCAAAUCUAUUGCAACUAAAUGCUGUGGUUCUUUGUUAAUGCUUAUCCAAUAUUUGAUGCAUGUGGUUAUGAACCUGUCCGUGUAUUUCUCACUGUGACAAUGUAAUCAUUGUAUGUUUUAUCUUUUCUAUUAGAAGGCUUCUGGAAAGCGUGACUCUUGUCUCUAGUUUCUGGAGUUAUAAUAUUUAAUGUUGGCUGUUUUCUGUUCCAUGGAGAAAUGUGGUCUGCACUAGAGAAGAUGAAGCUAUCGUGGAAGCAAGGUCCAUAAAAGGCCUGGUACCUGCUUCUCCUUGUCUUGAUGUCCAGAUUUACUCUGCCCUUUCCAUGCUUCAAUUGUUGGGAUAAUCCAGAUAUCCUAAUAAAGCCUCUUGUUUGCUUUGCUGGUU